CUCCGCGUCCCAGGCGCCGCAGCCGCCUCGGCUGGCCGGCGACGGCGGCGACGGCGGCGGCGCGGGCGGGCCGCUCGGCGAGGCCCUGGUCAGCCCCGACGGGACCGUCACGGAGGCGCCCCGCACUGUCAAGAAGAUCCAGUUUGCUGACCAAAAGCAGGAAUUCAACAAGCGCCCCACGAAGAUCGGCCGUCGUUCCCUCUCCCGAUCCAUCUCUCAGUCAUCAACAGACAGUUACAGCUCUGCUGCUUCUUACACAGACAGCUCCGAUGAUGAAACCUCCCCCCGGGACAAGCAGCAGAAGAACUCCAAAGGCAGCAGCGACUUCUGCGUGAAAAACAUCAAACAGGCUGAAUUCGGGCGUCGGGAAAUAGAAAUUGCUGAGCAAGAAAUGCCUGCGCUCAUGGCCUUGAGGAAACGAGCUCAGGGAGAGAAGCCGCUGGCCGGAGCCAAGAUCGUGGGCUGCACGCAUAUCACUGCCCAGACCGCGGUCCUCAUGGAGACCCUCGGUGCCUUGGGCGCCCAGUGCCGGUGGGCCGCCUGCAACAUCUACUCCACCCUCAACGAAGUGGCCGCGGCCCUGGCUGAGAGCGGGUUCCCCGUCUUCGCCUGGAAGGGAGAGUCCGAGGACGACUUCUGGUGGUGCAUCGACCGCUGUGUCAACGUCGAGGGAUGGCAGCCGAACAUGAUCUUGGAUGAUGGGGGGGACCUCACACACUGGAUCUACAAGAAGUACCCCAAUAUGUUCAAGAAGAUCAAAGGGAUUGUAGAAGAGAGCGUCACUGGUGUCCACAGAUUGUACCAGCUGUCAAAGGCAGGGAAGCUCUGCGUCCCAGCGAUGAACGUCAACGACUCUGUCACCAAGCAGAAGUUUGACAACCUCUAUUGCUGCCGGGAGUCCAUUCUCGAUGGCCUUAAAAGGACAACGGAUAUGAUGUUUGGGGGGAAGCAGGUGGUCGUCUGCGGCUACGGAGAGGUCGGCAAGGGCUGCUGCGCUGCGCUGAAGGCCAUGGGCUCCAUCGUCUACGUGACGGAGAUCGACCCCAUCUGCGCCCUGCAGGCCUGCAUGGACGGCUUCCGCCUUGUGAAACUGAACGAAGUGAUUCGGCAAGUGGACAUUGUCAUCACCUGCACAGGCAACAAAAAUGUCGUGACCAGAGAGCAUCUCGACCGCAUGAAGAACAGCUGCAUCGUUUGCAACAUGGGACAUUCCAACACGGAGAUCGAUGUGGCUAGCCUGCGUACACCGGAGCUCACCUGGGAGAGGGUGAGGUCCCAGGUGGACCAUGUCAUCUGGCCUGACGGAAAGCGGGUGGUGUUGCUGGCAGAGGGACGCCUGCUCAACCUGAGCUGCUCCACGGUCCCGACCUUUGUGCUGUCCAUCACGGCCACCACGCAGGCCCUGGCCUUGAUAGAGCUGUACAACGCCCCGGAGGGACGCUACAAGCAGGACGUCUACCUGUUGCCUAAGAAAAUGGAUGAGUACGUGGCGAGCCUUCACCUGCCGACGUUCGACGCACACCUGACGGAGCUGACGGACGAGCAGGCCAAGUACCUGGGGCUGAACAAGAACGGCCCGUUCAAGCCCAACUACUACCGGUAUUGACUCCCUGCAGCUGCAGCUGGAACCAAGGGGAGGAACUCGGCCCAGGACCCCCCCCGGCCACUGUACAGGUUGAACCCGGACAGGCUCCUCGAGCUCAAACCGGGCUCCCCGCCGUAGUGAGCAGUGUGUUAGGUUAUUUAUUUAUUAAACUAGAAUACUGUAAA